AUGAAAGUAGUAGUCAAGCACUGGCACGCCGUCGCGCAGUGGCGGUGGGACAUCGGCACCGCGGAGCAAGAAGACGCCGACAACGACAACGAAGGCGACGUCUGUGGUAUCUGUCGGGUCCCUUAUGAAGGGUGCUGUCCGUCGUGUAAAGUCCCAGGGGACGAUUGUCCGCUCAUCUGGGGCGAAUGCACACACGUCUUCCACAUGCAUUGUUUGCUGAAAUGGAUAGGAACAGCUGCGUCGAAGCAGCAGUGUCCUAUGGACCGUAGAACAUGGGUAACCGCGGAACGGAAAGUCGGCACUACGACAGCCGCAUCAUGA